AUGGCGGAAGUCGUUUCUCAGAGAAUAAUGAAUGAAUUGACUCGGCUGUAUGCUGCUGUAAACGAAGUAGCUAACAGGGCGGUUGUCACAUCUGAUGAUAUACAGUAUUUCAUAAACUGCCUGGAACAUUUUCAUCGUCAUCUUCUUAGAUUAAACGAAAGUGGUUUUGUAACAGCACAUUCCGUGAGGAUUUUGCAAGAUGCUCUUAGCGGCCUUCGAGACAGCGGAAUGCCUGAAGAUUUAAUUCCUGCACCGGGUUCGAACAUGCACCUGUAUCGAGAAAAACCCCUAGGGAGACCUAAAUACUUCCUUAGUAGGGAUCAGUUAGAAUUCCUGUUGUCUUUGGGAUUCAACAAGACCCAGUUGUCAGAAAUGCUGGGUAUGUCUGCGUGUACCAUUCAGCGUCGAAUGGCAGAGUACGGCUUGUCAAGCAAUAACUAUUCUGACCUUUCAGAAGAAGAACUGGAUCGUAUGGUGACAGAAAUUAAAGAGCAAUUUCCUCGAGCUGGAUAUCGACAGGUUCUUGCAAUUCUAAAAUCCCAUGGUGUUUUUGUGCGGGUACAUGAAUUAAGAGACAGCGUUCAACGAUGUGAUCCUUUGGGUACCUCCCUAAGAUGGUUUGCCACAAUUGAAAGGCGACAAUACAGUGUCCGGGGGCCUUUAGAGCUAUGGCAUAUGGAUGGGAACCAUAAGCUGAUCAGGUGAAUGUGCAGUACAUUAUAUGACCGAAAAUGCAGUUUUUCUCCGAGGUAUUGCCAAGGUGUAUAAUCAAAGGCAACUGUUCUGUUCAUGCUUUUUACUGACCGACCCUGAUACAAAUACCAGAGAAAGUGAGGGAAAAUAGGAGUCUUGAUGGGAAUAUUUUCCAAGUUAUCCCAAACUUGUUCCGUUGUUUGUAUCAGGAGGUGACUAUUUUCUAAACAAACAAAAUGCAGAGAAAUAUCAUAGAGGUAGCCAAGUUUGCAUACCCCAUAGAAAACCCACUGACCUCGUGCAUUUUUCAAACAAAACUUGGUAAGAUUUUCUGAAGUUGCUGCACAUACAAGAGAAUUUAGACUAGAACACCAACAGGGUUAGGGGAAGCAGUCCAUAGUGAAAAUUCGCUUCCCUCACUUUGUUAUGGCGGAUCAAAGACUUGUGUGAAAAAUAUUUACAUUAUAAUUUAUUAUCCAUUUUCAUAGGUGGCGAAUGGUUCUGCAUGGUGCAAUUGAUGGAUACUCUCGUUUGGUUGUCUUUCUUCAUUGUCAAAUAACAAUCGUGCUGAAACAGUGCUACAGUUGUUUAUGAAAGCAGUUACUGAGUUUGGCUUGCCAUCUCGAUUGCGGACUGAUAAAGGUGGUGAGAACACAGCAGCUGCUUUGUACAUGCUGCAACAUCCUUUGAGGAGAACUGGACGAGGGAGUGUGAUAGCUGGCAGUAGCACCCACAACCAAAGAAUCGAGAGGCUGUGGAGGAAUGUUUUUAGUGGUGUCUUGUGUUUGUAUCAAACACUAUUUUAUCAUCUUGAGGAACAAGGUGUUCUUGACCCACUAAAUGAGGUUGAUCUGCUUGCUCUUCAUACAGUAUUUUUACCCCGUGUUAACCGUCACCUGGACAUUUGGAAAGGAGGUUGGAACAAUCAUAGCAUGAGAACUGCAGGAAGCCUUUCUCCUCUCCAGCAGUUUGUCAGUGGAAUGCUACAAUUACGUGGUUCUGGUUUGGAAGUAGCCAAGGAAAUGUUUUGUCAACUAGAUGAGGCAAGUACAUGUAACAAAGAAUGUUGUCUAUGUAUUUAACAAGUACAGACUCUUCAUAAACUUGAAAUAUGAAGAUCCCAAAUUUAUGAUGAAAACAGUAUUUUUAGAGAUGUUUUUAUAUUAUUUGAAUUAUUAUUCAACAGGAAGAAGUCUCCUCAUAUGACAUCGACUGGGAUGGACCCAUUCCCAAUGAGUCUUCUCCCUCUGAUGACUUUGAGCUAGUGGAAAUUCCAAACAUUGAAGUCAACGUUAGGGAAGAGCAACAGCAACAACUAAGUUUAUUGGUUGAUCCACUUAGUGACAGCGAUUGUUAUGGCAUUGAUUUAUAUAUUCAGGCACGUAACUUUCUGCACUCACUGACUUAA